AUGACAAAUAGUAACACUGAAAACAAGUACAAAGUAAUCACAAUUGGUGAUGAAAAAAGAUUCCAAGCUACCAUCGCCCCACUUGGAGCUACUUUGGUGGAUCUGAAGGUAAACAACCAAUCAGUUGUCCAAGGGUAUUCGAACGUACAAGACUACUUGACAGAUGGUAACAUGAUGGGUGCUACUGUUGGUCGUUACGCCAACCGUAUUGCCAAGGGUGUUUUUAGUUUGGAGGAUGGUCCUCACAAAUUGACUGUUAACAACUGCGGUAACACCAAUCAUAGCAGUAUCAGUUCUUUAAACCUCAAACAGUAUAGGGCAUCCCCUGUUGAAAAUCCUUCCAAGGAUGUCUUUGUUGUUGAGUUCAAGCUGUUGGAUGACCACACGCAACCCAACCCUAACGAAUUCCCAGGGGAUUUGGAAGUUACAGUGAAGUACACCUUGAAUGUUGCUGAAAUGACUUUGGGCAUGAAAUAUCAGGCACAAUUAGUGCGUGGAGAUGCUACUCCUAUAAAUAUGACCAACCACUCAUACUUCAACUUGAACAAGACCAAAAACGAAAAGUCUAUCAGUGGUACAGAAGUUAAGGUCUGCUCGAACAAAUCACUGGAAGUGACCGAAGGAGCACUACUUCCUACCGAGAAAAUCAUCGAAAGAAAAAUCGCUACCUUUGAUUCCGCUAAGCCUACCGUUUUGCACGAUGACGCUCCAGUUUUUGAUUGUACUUUCAUUAUUGAUGCAAAUAAGGAUUUGCACACCACCGACUCUGUUAGCGUAAACAAGUUAGUUCCUGUUUUUAAGGCUUACCACCCGGAAUCGCGCAUCACUUUUGAGGUCUCGACAACAGAACCAACUGUUCAUCUCUACACUGGUGACAAUUUAUGCGGUAAAUUUACACCAAGAUCAGGAUUCGCCGUUCAACAAGGCAGAUACGUUGACGCCAUUAACCAUGAUAAAUGGAGAGAUUGUGUUCUUUUGAAGCGCGGCGAGGUAUACACUUCAGAGACUCAAUAUCGUUUCGGAAUUUAG